CUGGUAUAGGUUCUUUAUUUGGAACCCUUUCAAACCCCAACCAUCACGGACGCUCAACGCCGUGUUUGUCGCUCCAAUGGCGUGGCUCCCGGUCGCCGCCGUGGUGCCGCUGCUCGCGGGACCUGCGCGGCGUGGGUCUCGAUGUGAGGAACGACCCCUGCCCAGGUGGUUCCUGGGCACCAGUCAGGAUCCGAGUCGACAGGAGAAGAUUCAAGCGUACGAGGCAGCUCAGGCUUCCACGGCGGCGCAGCGGUGCAACGCAGCACUGCCCGGACGAACGCCGGGGAAAGGCUUCAGGUUGGUGUCCUACAACGUGCAUUUCCACCGAGAUAGCCAGAUGAAGCCGAAUCUGUCGCGAGUGCUGAAUGUCUUGAAGACAUUGGAUGCGGAUGUGGUAGCUCUGCAGGCACAGCAUACUUGGCAGACAUAUAUGACUCGUAUGACUCCCGAUCAGGAGGCGGGCCUUCCGCCCCAUCUGGAGAAGGACAGGGGGAGGCCACGGAAACUCACCAGCGAAGAGGUCGAUACCACUCAGUCGUUGGAAUCACAGAUGAGGCAGGUCUAUGAAAGCCAAGAACAGGAGGUGGUGGGCACUUCUCACGAGGGCGCGCUGCUCUUGGAGGGCUUGCACCAACUUGGCUACCAGCAUUGUGUCUAUUCUCCUGGCUUCUAUAGCAGCGCCCUAGGGCUCUCGUGCGGCAACGCGGUGGCCUCGCGGCAGCCCAUAGAGGGCUCCUCCGUGGUGGUCAUGGACCGGCG